AUGACUGCCAAGCUCCUAGCUGUCCUAUUUCUAGCCACGGCCGCGGCCAUGCCGGCCGUGGAAAAAGACGAUGGUUUGAUGACCAACGUCCUUGGAGUAGUGAAGGAGUGUGUCGAAGCAGACGUGUCCCUGUGCCUAAAGGAGAAGGCUCUGAAGUAUGUGGAGAGUAUUUCGUCGGCGCGGGAGAUGGAUCUCGCUGAAGGUGUCACGCUAUUGGGCACGGGGUCUCCCAGGUCAGCUAGGGCAUUCGAACCCUUGGCUGAGGAGCCCAAGGCCAGGGAAGCACAGAUCGAGUCGAGACUGGUGGACUCCGCUGCCGAUUUCCUGGAGAACCAUGUCAUCCAGUUCAGGUUCCCCCCAUCCACUGUUGAAGGCAUGAAGAGGUCACUUGAAGAAGCUCGUGGCAAAAAGAAGAAGAUCAAGCAGCUCCUUCCUCUCCUGGCCAUCGCCAAGCUCAAGAUCAUGGCUCUCAUACCCCUCUUCCUCGGAAUCAUCGCCUUCGCCGCCGCCAAGGCCGUCCUCUUGGCUAAGAUCGCCCUUCUGGUUGCCGGUAUCAUUGCCCUCAAGAAGCUCCUCGCCAGCAAGCACCAUGAAACCAGCUACGAGGUGGUAGCACAUCCCCAUCAUGAGGAAUACCACGCCAGCAGCGGCCACGGAUGGGGCCGAGCGAUAGACGAAGCCCAGAACUUAGCUUACUCGGCCCACGUGAAGCAAGACUAA